CCCACUGAGGCUUCAAAGUGCGUCCCAACCAGCUCCUCUCAUCCAGUCCGGAGCUCCUUCUCCUCUAAACUGAAGCAACAUUUUAUUCCCUCCAGAGAUGAAACUAUCUGUUGUGUCCAAGAAGCUGUGGUGCAUCCACAAGCCUCUGAUCCUCCUGCUCACUCCACUGGUGUUACUGCCCUUACUCUUUACUCUACCGGAGAAGGAGGGAAAAUGUCUUUAUGUGGUGCUGCUGAUGGCUAUGUUUUGGUGCACAGAGACCCUUCCUCUGGCCGUCACUGCGAUGCUUCCGGUCUGCCUCUUUCCAACACUGGGAAUUCUUCCAUCCAAACAAGUCUGCCCUCAGUACUUCCUCGAAACCAAUUUCCUCUUCCUCAGUGGUCUUGUGCUGGCGUCGUCCAUCGAAGAGUGGGGCCUGCAUCGCAGAAUCGCCCUGAAGGUCCUCACUAUUGUCGGAGUAAAGCCAGCCUGGCUCAUACUGGGAAUGAUGCUGACCUCGUCCUUCCUGUCAAUGUGGCUCAGCAACACCGCCACCACCGCCAUGAUGCUCCCUAUCGCUAACGCCAUCCUGGAGAGUCUGUUUGGAGACCUGGAGACCCUGAAAAAGAAGAGCAAGUCCACAGAGGAUCCUGAGAAUGAUAUGAUAAAUGGUCAGUCUCCUGUAAAGUUGGAUUCAGUGCCGUCAGGGCCCUUGGAAAAACAAAUGCUGUCAAUAGACGGGACGGAUGGGACUGAGCAGGGCGACAUGAGGUCGGCUGAGGAGAUCCGAUCCGAGGCGGAGUACCAGCUGAAGGUGUGGAAAGGAUUCUUGAUCUGUAUUCCUUAUGCAGCCAGUAUCGGAGGGACCGCCACGCUGACAGGCACCGCGCCCAACCUCAUCCUGAUUGGACAGCUGAAAAGCUACUAUCCAGACUGCGACCUCAUCAAUUUUGGCUCUUGGUUCGCAUUCGCUUUCCCGCUCAUGGUUCUCUUCUUGUUUUUAUCAUGGAUUUGGAUCGCGUUUCUCUACGGGGGAUUAAAUACGCGAUUGUGUGUGACGAAACACGACCAGAGAGCCGAGGCAGAGGCCAGAGCGAAGGAUCUAAUAAACGACGAUUACAGAAAACUAGGGCCCAUAAAUUUUGCAGAGGGAGCGAUUUCUUUCUUUUUCGUAUUGUUUGCUGUUCUGCUGUUCACAAGAGAUCCCAAAUUUAUCACUGGCUGGUCUGUGCUUUUUAAAAAGGGGUACGUCUCAGACGCCGUCACUGGUGUGAUCAUUGUGUCCAUAUUGUUCUUCUUCCCCUCGCAGAAACCUUCUCUGAGCUGGUGGUUUGACCCUCAAGCAUCAAACACUCCUUAUGUCCCUCUGCUGACAUGGAAGAAAGCUCAGGACUCUGUUCCCUGGAAUAUCAUUCUGUUGCUUGGAGGCGGCUUCGCUAUGGCUAAAGCUUGUGAGGAGUCUGGACUCGCCUCCUGGAUCGGAGGCCACCUCCAGCCUUUGGCCGAGGUCCCACCCGCUGCAGCUGUGAUGUUGAUCGCUGGUUUCCUGGCCUGUUUCACUGAGUUCGCCAGCAACACUGCCACAAUUAUCAUAUUUUUACCCGUCAUUAUUGAACUGGCUACUAACGUCUCAGUGAACCCUCUGUACUUCAUGAUACCUGCAACAAUAGGAUGUUCAUAUGCCUUCAUGCUGCCAGUGUCCACGCCACCCAACUCCAUCGCCUUUGCAACAGGACAUCUCAUGGUCAAAGACAUGGUGAAAACUGGCAUUGUGAUGAACAUCCUGGGUAUCCUCUCGGUCUCUCUGGCCCUAAACACGUGGGGCGUUGCCAUGUUUGACUUGGACACGUUUCCAGACUGGGCACACCCCAUCAACAAGACUGCUGUUAUUACUGAUGUGCACCUAUCAACCGUUCAGUCGCUCAAUGCUACUCUCUGA